CGCAGGUGAAGUUGUUAUUCUUCCUCGGACGCCAUAUGACUUGUCACGCGAAUGUCGCAUCGUGAUGCUGCUUGUUUCGUGCAAAACUGCGGUAACUUGAUCAGGCGUCAAGGGGCCAACAAUCGGGCGACCUCAAGUGUGUUUCAUGUUCCUGCGUUCGAGAUGUCCGAUCAACAACAGCCACUCCCUCCCUUGGCCACUUCGAUCUUUGACGAGGACGGGAACUCUGCAAUAUCUCUCGACGCUGCUGAGGCAGGCGUUUGCCGUCUGCAUUGUGUCUCAACUGAAGUCGAGUGAGGUAUGCGCCGUGCCUGAAACCGUAAGCUAUUUGACUGUCUGGAUCUCGCCAAUGAACACGUUCAGCUCGUGGACUACCCGAUAUAUUCACUACAGCCUCAUCUCGCGCCCGGCGCGCUUAUCGCCAUUGUGAGCAUCAUCUUGGAGCUCUGCAUUGGGACAGCGUCGCGCAACAUGGCCAAAAAUACAAUAGAAGAAUUGUCGCCUCCAGAAGCCGAACCCGCUUCAAUUGUGUCUCUUUCAUCAUUCAUAUUGUUCCCCUUCAAGUUGUGUUCUAUUCAGUCCUUAUCUUAUUCAUGCCACUGCCACUGCUUCGCACAAUAACCUCAACAAUCUUAUUGUACUUUACAUUCAAUCCCAAACCACUGCUCAGAUCUAAGAAAUUUCACUGCGCCCUGCCUUCGCACGAUCUUCCUGAUGCUCUCCUAGUCCUUUCGCCCAUCGAUUUCUUUCUUCCUCGUAUCUGUCCACUUGUACACCAACUUCAACACUUUUACCCAAAACUAAUACGAGAGCAACGCCCUCAUCCACGAUGUUUCUCUUCGGCAAGUCGCUGGCCGGCGCCGGAUACGUCGUGCUCAAUGUGAUCCGAGUGAUGAACAUCAUCGCGCUCCUGGCCGUGGUCGCUGCAAGCUCAGUCAUGCUGGUCAAGACUUUCAUCGUUUCCAAGUUUUUCUUCUUCGACGCCUGUGAGCACGUCAUUCGGUGCUUCAUCAGCGGGUUUCUCAUUCUCACCGAACUCCCCUUUUUCAAGUCAUACAUUUCCCGAAACUGGCCUCUCUUCAGUGCUCGAUCCAGCUUCAUCAUACUGGGCGUGUGCAUGGUUUUCCUCGGAAACAGCAUCCUGGGCAAUCUGAACAAAGAAGCAACCAGCCAGAAGAGUCUAGGACUGCCAUUUUGGCGGCUGGUAAUCGGAUCUGGGAUCGUACUCCUUGUGAUGGGAUCGAUCAACAUCAUGGCAAGCUACAUCUUCAGGGACACGCGCGCUCAUCUCACGGCUCGACAAGUCCGAUCCCAUGGAGCCGUGGCAUCCCACAAAGCCGACGUGGAAGCAUCGACGCCCAAACUGCCCAGUCGCCGCAGCCACUAUCGCUCAUUCUUCCUGGGCAGCAAACGCGACUCCCUCCCAUCGUAUUACUCUCGCAAGAACAACACCGACAUGGCCCAGUCUAGGUCACAAACGCCGAAAAUGCACCUCGCCAUCUCAAAUCCGUUCCCUCAGGACAACCAACAACUUACAAAGAGUCCUGGCGCCUCUAGCUCAAAGUACAGCCAAAGCCCACGGAGUGAGCGACACAUUAGCAGACCGGAUCUGGCGCAUCACCCUGCAAUCACCCACGGUCAAGCUCUCUAGGAACGAGCGGAGCCGAUCAAUCGAGCAAUCUUGGACAAGAAGAAACAACCUCACCCACUGGCACACCUGGCAGGCAAUGACAGCAGCAGCAGCAGCAACCCAAGAGAUUUGCAUAUUGCCGACUUGUCUUAUCUUGAUUAUAGGAAAUGAGUUGGUUGCUCGUGGCGUGGCAGUAAACACAGCAAUUCAGGGGUCUCUCCAUGCCGAUGCUGACGAGAAGAAUCUACAAAGAGGCAGAAAACACUAUGAACAUACCUAAAUAAUCCAUCAUGAGUUAUGAGAUACUACAAUUAGUAGCCGGAUAUCAGAUAUCCUUCAAGUUGUG